ACACCCGGGUCCCGUCGCUUCGAGGCUCGAGUCUAUAAGAAGUAUGACAUGCCCCAGGGUGGAGGAUAGAUUUUCACACACACACAAGUCAAGUCAUUCGCUACUUUUCUAAUCAGAUUACUUUCACUUUCCACUCGCUAUCACCAUCUUUUGGAUCUUUCUUCCACAAAAACCUAUACAUCUCCAUAUUCAAGAUGCGUUCAUUCGUCGCCGUCGCCGCCGCCGCCUCGCUCAUCUCCUCGACCGCCGCUGCCCCCUGGGGACCUGGUGGCUGGUGGGGCAACCGCCUCAAUCCCGGCAAAUGCCUGACUCCAGACUCGGUCAACUAUCUCGUGGCCGGGUUUGAAGGACUCAUCGCCGCUUACACCGAUGCCGACGCCGACAGGCUGUUGUCCGAAGACUUUACCGACUUCUCGGACAGCAUCAACUCGCUCGCUGGUUACCCUGUUGGUGGAGUGACAUUCCCCAGCAAGGCUGCCUUCAAGGCUGGCCAGGGUGCUCAACCCGCAGUGCCCAUUGAGACACUGGCCAUCGACGCCUACACAUGCGACACUAUUGCUCUUCGAUGGCUCGCCACCCUGCAGCCCGAACCAGUCAAGGGCAUCACUAUCUUGAAGGCAUCCAACACCGCAGGACAGAAGGACACCUGGCAGAUCAAGACCAUCUUCACCGAGUUCAACAGCAUUGCAUGGCUCAAGGACAUUGGCGGCAGCGUCACUCUGCCCAGCCGUGGUUAAACAUUGCAAGUUCUUGAGGGGAUUGGGUGGUCAUUAGCGAAGGCGUCGAAAACAUGUCACAAGGUUAUUUUUGCGAAUAUUACAUAUUGUAUUUGCUGAUUGGAACGAAUUGGUUGUCAUGAGCUUCAAAGGGUAGACACCAAAAAGUAAUGGGGACAUGGGAGAGAUGUCCUGGUACUGGUGUUUGCACGUCAAUACUAUAAUUCUCUCCACAUUGCAUAUUAUCAUUCUCAGUGGCAGCGUCAUAUGAAAGAUGGCUUAGCUGUCGAUUCCUUGUGUGUGAUUUGUUCAACGUGAAUUCUGCUGGUGUAUUCUGGGACACCGAAGACCCAACCAGGGCCAUCAUCUAUUCAUCAUGGACGAGGAUGUAUUUGGCACUUUUUCCACUUUUCUUAUCUUCUGCCGUGUGUGCAUAUCUUGGCCGAACGUUACACCUGUCAGCAGCUGAAAGGUGAAACCACCCUCCGGCACUAAGGACUUUGGGAGCGAAGAGGAAUCUACUCCGUACAGAGUACGGGGGAAUAAGAGUUCUUGGGGUUUUGGACAGAGCAUCGGCGGCCGAGCAUACGGUUGCCUCCUCCGUAUCAGAAAGGAAAAAAGUACGUCUUCUGCUACCCUACAGACUCGUAAGCUAAUGAUGCUGAAACUCCACACGUGGACACACUAUGGACUUCGCUAUACGACUGAAGGAGCCAGGUGAUGAUUGCCAUUGGGUGCUGAAAGCUCCCUGAGAUAAAUGUCGUCAAGGCCAAGGUCGACGGUGCUUUAUAGCGUAUGUUCAUACGAGUAGAUGUGCCGUGCGUGCUUCGAGUGACGGGGUGGGGAUCGGGGCAGGGCCUCCCGUUUUGACUACAAAUUUGUAUGUCCAGUAUUGAUGGAUUCUAUCCUCGAGAAUGGUGAAAUGAAAAUAUCCUCAAA